AUGGCAGUGCAGGUAUAUACUGCCAUCCGGUCCGCGAAAAAUAUCCUGCCGCUCGUGAGAGAUGUGCUUAGCGAAGCAAACAAACUCGUGCAGCAUGUCAAGGGCGACUAUGCAGACGAGCUCGUGGACAAGGUGAAACAGGUGGAAGCCAUCCUGGCCUUUUUGAACGAUGUUGCGCCAAAUGAACCGGGACAACUCACCCAGAAACUGGACAAUGCCAAACUCGCUCUGAGCAGAGCCAACACCAGAUCCAGUUUGCAGUGGGCUUUUGGAGGGAAGCCGGAUUUCAGACCAGAAGUGCAGGAGAUGGAAGAGGGAAUCCGGCAGUUGAAGGUCGACCUGAGGACGCGCUUCGGCGUGGAAGUCGAUGGUGCCGGGGACCUGAUGACUGCUGAAGGCUUGCUGAAGCUAGCCCGCCAAGCUUCAGGUGACUUGCACAAUCAAUUUUUCUACGCGGCAGCUGAGUUGGACCAAGGGAACCUGGACGUGUGGUACGAGUGGGGCUGCAGGCUUGCCAAAUCUGAAAAGGCCAUGGAUUGGAAGGACGCUAUUUCCAGGUUCAAAUCCGCGCUGGAGUGUAGACAAGGGCAUCCAGAGACGUUGCACGAGUGGGGCCUUGUCUUGAAGAAGUCCGGUGGGACAUCAAACCUGCAGAAAGCACGAGACAAGCUAUGGGAAGCACGAGAACAGGCCUUCAAGGCAAAGAAAGGCGGGCUCACUUCUAUCAUCCUUACCGAUUUGGCUAACGUGCUUUCAGAUCAGGGUCACGAGACUGCAGCCACAAUGUGCCUGAAAGAAGCCAUACUGUACGACCCGAAGAAUGUAAAGGCAUUUUGGAAACUCGGGGAGCUGCUAGCCUUGGAAGAGGAGUAUGAAAAAAGCCACUCCACUUUCGAGAGUGCUGCUGAGCUGGACAAAACAAAAGGUUGCCCAGUCGGGCUGGCUGCGUGGGGCCGCAUGCUCUUCGAACGUAGCCAACUCGAAGAGGACAAUCAACAAAAAGUAGCUUUGCAGAACCUAGCGGAGGAGAAGUGCAAGAGGGCCCUCGAAUCGGAUGAGCAGAAUGACACAGCUCUCCAUUUCUGGGGUGAAGUGCUAGCAGCGCGGAAGUGCUUCAAAGAGGCUGCGGAAAAAUUCGAGAAAGCCAAUGAAGCGAAGGAGAGCCGUUGGACAGUAUGCCGCUGGGCAAUGUGUCUGUGUGAGCUGCAGCAAUAUGAAGGAGCCUUGAAGAUGUUGCAAGAUAAGCUCAAACAAAUCGAAGGGCAGAGGAAGGUGCUGGAAACGGGGAAGGCGGAUGAAGACGAAUUGGAGACUCAUGCGGAGCGGCAAGCCGAUGUCUUGAAAACCUUAGGGUUAGUGCUCAAAAAGCAGGGCAAGAAAGAUGCUGCAAGACAAAGGUUCAAAGAUGCAGUCAAGUUUUACAAGGAGGCCAGGGAUCCUGACAAUGCAGCCGAGUGCCUUACUCUCGCAAGCUCCUGCGGAUCCAGCGACAGUCCAGCGUCAUCCAGCCCCGAGGCGAAACCAAAGAAGGCUGCAUCCAAACAGCGCUACCACUACGAGAGAUCUUGGAGCAAGAAGCCGCUCAACAGACCGGUGUGGGACGCCUUCAAAGACUGCCCGCAGCCCUUGGACUUGACUAGCGUUCGGAAACUCUACAAAGUGGCCCUGCAAAACAACAACAAGGUGGACCCCACAGAGCGCAGAGUCUUUGAGUACAUCCUCUCACCCGAGACUCCAGUUCAAGUACUUCCAGCGGCCAGCGAUUUUUUGAAGGAAUUGCUCAAAGAUCUCGAAGAGAAGACACCGAGGACCCGAGAUCGUUCCAGAUCAAGAAGAAGGGGAAGAGCUUGA